UCAAGCCUCCAAUGCCCAUGAAUCCGAGGGGCGUCGCCGUUCAGAUUCGUCAAGAAAGUCUCAACGACUCCUUCCUAAAUUUUCCAUUUGCUAUCAUAAUCAUAAGGGAUCAACCUUAUAUAUAACCCAUAAAAUAACCCUCCUCUCUCACACACUCUCGUACCACGAGACUUCGUGCACAUAAUGCUCCAUUGCACUCUUCUCUAAUUUGAUCUAUUCUCAAGCUAACCACACCAGUCUUGAUCGAUCACGUCCCCUCAUGGAAACCAUGCUCAUUCUCUUCAGUGUGGUGACUGCUGCCUCGGCAUACCUCCUCUGGUUCUACCUCCUGGCCCGGACGCUGACCGGCCCCAAGGCGUGGCCGCUCAUGGGGAGCCUCCCCGCCCUCUUCUUGAAUCGCCGGCGUAUCCACGACUGGAUGGCCGGCAACCUCCGCGCCACCGGCGGCUCCGCCACGUACCAGACCUGCACGAUCGCGCUCCCCUUUGUGGCACGCCGACAGGCAUUCUACACCGUCACGUGCCACCCCAAGAACAUCGAGCACGUGCUCCGGACCCGGUUCGACAACUACCCGAAGGGCCCCACGUGGCAGGCUGCUUUCCACGACCUGCUGGGCCAGGGGAUCUUCAACAGCGACGGUGACACGUGGCUGAUCCAGCGGAAGACGGCGGCUCUCGAGUUCACGACCCGUACGCUAAGGCAGGCCAUGGCCCGGUGGGUCAGCCGGACCAUAAAGUCGCGCCUUUGGACGAUUUUGGACAAAGCUGCUCGUGAUAAAACCUCGGUGGACUUGCAAGAUCUGCUGCUUCGUUUGACGUUCGACAACAUAUGCGGGCUAACGUUCGGCAAGGACCCCGAGACUUUGUCCCCGGAAAUGCCCGAGAACCACUUCGCCAUGGCCUUCGACACCGCCACCGAGGCGACGCUCCAGAGGUUGCUGUACCCGAGCUUCCUAUGGAGGUUGAAGAAGAUCUUUGGGGUCGGCUCAGAGAAGAGGUUGCAGAAGAGCCUCGAGGUCGUCGAAAACUACAUGAAUGAUGCCAUCGACGCAAGGAAGGAGAUGCCGUCUGAUGAUCUCCUGUCGAGGUUCCUGAAGAAGCGCGACAUGGACGGUAACCUGUUCCCCAUAUCCGUCCUCCAGCGCAUUGCGCUCAACUUCGUCCUCGCCGGGCGUGACACGUCCUCAGUCGCCCUCAGCUGGUUCUUCUGGCUGGUGAUGAACAACCCCGAGGUGGAGGAGAAGAUCAUCCGGGAGAUCACGACGGUGCUCCGGGAGACACGCGGCGACGACCCGGCGAAGUGGGUGGAGGACCCACUGGUCUUCGAUGAGGCAGACAGAUUGAUAUAUCUAAAAGCCGCACUGGCCGAGACCCUAAGGCUGUAUCCUUCUGUGCCCGAAGAUUUCAAAUACGUGGUCUCCGACGAUGUAUUGCCGGACGGCACGUUCGUGCCCGCCGGAUCGACAGUGACGUACUCGAUAUAUUCGGUCGGAAGGAUGAAGACGAUAUGGGGUGAGGAUUGCAUGGAGUUCAAGCCGGAGAGGUGGCUGUCGUCACAGGGUGACCGGUUCGAGCCGCCCAAGGACAGCUACAAGUUCGUGGCGUUCAACGCGGGGCCCAGGACUUGCCUCGGGAAGGACCUCGCUUACCUGCAGAUGAAGUCGGUGGCGUCGGCGGUGCUCCUCCGCUACGUGUUGUCGCCGGAUCCCGGCCACCGGGUGGAGCAAAAGAUGUCGCUCACCAUGUUCAUGAAGAAUGGGCUUCGCGUCUACUUGAGUCCGCGGGCCCCCGUAGGCCCGGCCCAGAAGCUUGCCGCCUUGGCAUAGAGCCUCAGAGGCGUGGAUGAACCCACGACUUCGCCACGGUGCUGGCUUGAACUUGUAAAGGCGUAAUAAGGUCGUUCAAUUUGAUUUUUCGGUAUAGGGUUAUUACAUGUCCAUAUGGCAAUUCAUGCACACACUCCCAAAGUUAAAAUUUGUUCUCGGUUCCGUAAUUGUUAUUCGUCGUCGUUUCAUGUUCGUGGAGUGCUUAAAUUUCAUUCAAGAGUAUACUUGUAACAUAAAAAGGUCGUCAUUGUGAUGGUUUUGCCUUCUAUGUCGUGUGUUCCGUA